UCACCAUCCUCAGUGCCAUUAUCCACAUCCUCAUUACCAAUACCAUCACUACCAACAGCAAAAGCUAUUCUAUCUGUUGCUGAAAUGACAAUGACACCCAUUACCUCCGAGGAAGAGCAAACACAAACAGUUGAAAGCUUUUAUGAGACUUCGCUGAUCUUAGCCCCUGACGACUUCACACCUCCGCCCGCAGGUACUGAUGGUCCACUGGCCUCCAGCCCCACCCCAGGGCCUGAAGCUCUUCUCUCAGUGGACACACUCACAGGUGAUGGACUGUCAGCUACCAUACCCACAACGGGCCCUCCUACCCUUCCCUCCACACUCGCACCAGCAGGGGCUUGGAUGGCCGUGAGGCUGGUGAACGGCACAGGCAGGUGCUCAGGCCGGGUGGAGGUUCUCAUCCAGGGCACGUGGGGAACCGUGUGCGAUGACCUCUGGGACCUGGCUGAGGCCACAGUGGUGUGCCGCCAGCUGCAGUGUGGCCGGGCUAUGGCGGCCCCCACAGGGGCCCACUUUGGGGCAGGCUCCGGGAAGAUCCUGCUGGACGACGUGCAGUGUGCAGGUGCUGAGAGCCACCUGGGGCAGUGCAUGCACAGGGGUGAGGCUGGGCUCAACUGCGGGCACCUGGAGGACGCUGGUGUUGUCUGCACAGGUGGUGAUGGUUCACCAGGCCCCACUCCAACCACAGAGCCUGAAAGUGCCACCUCUUCAUACACACUGUCAGGUGAUGCACUGACAGCAGCCGUGCCCACCACAGAGCCUGCUACACUUCCUGUGACAACGACUCCAGCAGGUGAUGGAUUUUUGGCAACCAUAGACACGGCAGAGCCUGCAGCCCCACUAUCCACACCUACAACCCUGGCAGGAGACUGGAUGGCUGUGAGACUGGUGAACGGCACAGGCAAGUGCUCAGGCCGAGUGGAGGUUCUCAUCCAGGGCACAUGGGGAACCGUAUGUGAUGACCUCUGGGACCUGGCUGAGGCCACAGUGGUGUGUCGCCAGCUGCAGUGUGGCCAGGCUGUGGCAGCCCCCAGAGGGGCCCACUUUGGGGCAGGCUCCGGGAAGAUCCUGCUGGACGACAUGCAGUGUGCCGGCGCUGAGAGCCACCUGGGGCUGUGCGUGCACAGGGGUGAGACUGGGCUCAACUGCGGGCACCUGGAGGACGCCAGCGUUAUCUGCGCAGGUGCUGACUCCACAGCUGCUCUGCCUACAGCCUAUGAGAACCUGCUUCCCACAUCAUUGGUGAUAUCAGCAGGUCAACACCCACCUUCUUCUGCACCUCCAGGAGGCGGGGCCCCCGUGCGGCUGGUAGGUGGCCAUGGGAGGUGCGCAGGCCGUGUAGAACUCUUCCACCAGGGAGUCUGGGGGACUGUGUGUGAUGACCUCUGGGACCUGCCAGAAGCAAACAUCAUCUGCAGGCAGCUGGGGUGUGGCUGGGCCGUGUCAGCCCCCGGUGAGGCCCACUUUGGGGAAGGUUCUGGGAAGAUCCUCCUUGACAACGUGCACUGCAGGGGAGAUGAGCCGCGCCUGGAGGAGUGCUCCCACAUCGGCUGGUUUUCCCACAACUGUGGGCACGGAGAAGAUGCUGGCGUGAUCUGCUCAGAUGCUGAAUACUCAACCGUGUCACCCCUGGAUCGCCCACUGGCUGUCAUAGCAGGACCAAUGACCACAGAAAAAUCUAGGUGUGGCAGAGUAAUUACCAACUCAUCUGGAGCGAUUAGGAAUCCCCCGCAGAAUGAAAUGCAUGACAACAUAACCUGUGUGUGGGAAAUAAAGGCCAAUGCUUCUGAUCACAUUCUGCUGGCAUUUCCGUAUCUUAACCUAGAUUGCACCAAUGAAUAUUUUGAAAUCCUGGACGGCCCUCCAUCCUCGACAAAGUCCCUGGGGAAAACCUGCUCUGGAUCCUACCUCACCUACGCGUCCUCCUCCAGCUCAAUGACCCUCGUGUACUUCCGAAGCUUCAACAACAUAGGGAAAAACUUCGUUGCUUAUUAUUACUCUGCACCCAAAGAGGCGAGUUCAAGGACCCCACAUCUAAUCACAAUCCCAACAGCAACACCGAAGACAGUGACAGCAAGACCAGGUGACUGGCCAGAGCUGAGGCUGGUGGGCGGCUCGGGACGUUGCUCAGGACGUGUGGAGGUCCUCCACCAGGGGGCCUGGGGCACCGUGUGUGAUGACCUCUGGGACCUGAACGAAGCUGAGGUCGUGUGCCGACAGCUGGGAUGUGGACGGGCCGUGUCCGCCCUGGGAAAGGCCCACUUUGGCCCGGGCUCUGGAAACAUCUUCCUGGACAACCUGCAGUGUUCCGGGGUAGAGCGCUACCUGGGUCAGUGUGCCCACUCAGGCUGGUCAGAACACAACUGUGGCCACCACGAGGACGCCGGCGUCAUCUGCUCAGAGGCGGACGAGUCGCUCAUGGAGAGUCCAGGGGACUGGCCAGAGCUGAGGCUGGUGGGCGGCUCGGGACGCUGCUCAGGACGCGUAGAGGUCCUCCACCUGGGGGCCUGGGGCACCGUGUGUGAUGACCUCUGGGACCUGAACGAAGCGGAGGUCGUGUGCCGACAGCUGGGGUGCGGACGGGCCGUGUCCGCCCUGGGGAAGGCCCACUUUGGCCCGGGUUCUGGAAACAUCUUCCUGGACAACCUGCAGUGUUCCGGGGUAGAGCGCUACCUGGGCCAGUGUGCCCACUCGGGCUGGUCGGAGCACAACUGUGGCCACCACGAGGACGCCGGUGUCAUCUGCUCAGACGCAGAAGAACUGCUUCCUCCCACACCUCCAGGUCUUUCCACAGCUUCUCAGGAUCAUAUAACAGGAGGAAGUGGCUCCUGUGGAGGGGUCUUGUCGAGUCUGUCCGGCUCCUUCUCCAGUCCGCUGUACCCGGAGAGCUACCCGACAGACAUCCAGUGCGUCUGGGAGAUUCACGUGGACAAAAAAUUCCGCAUAGAACUCAUGAUUCCGAGUCUGAACCUGGAGGAUAUCCUUGGAUGCCCCUAUGACUCCAUUGAAAUCUUCGAUGGCCCCAGGAUUGCCUCGCUGUCCAUGGGGAAGUUCUGUGCCUCGGUGGCUGUGAUAUUUUUCUCCUCCUCAGACAUCAUGACCGUGGUGUUCCGAAGUGAUUCUAUGAUCACCAACACUGGCUUUUAUGCUCUGUUCAAUGUAAUUCCACAGGAUGAAGGAAAAUCAGAAGAUGAACCCGAGCUGCGGCUGGUGGGCGGAUCCGGACAGUGCUCCGGACGCGUGGAGGUCCUCCACCAGGGGAACUGGGGCACCGUAUGUGAUGACCUCUGGGACCUGAACGAAGCCCAGGUGGUGUGCCGACAGCUGGGGUGCGGACGGGCCAUUGCAGCCCCUGGGAAGGCUCACUUCGGCCCAGGCUCCGGAAACAUCCUCCUGGAUAACAUCCAGUGUUCGGGAAGCGAGAACCACCUUGGGCAGUGCCCCAGCUCCAGCUGGUCAGACCACAACUGUGGGCACCAUGAGGACGCAGGUGUCAUCUGCUCAGAUGCUGGGGCCGGAACUCCAGAUGUGAUCCCCACAUCUCCAGCUCCUGUCCCGCAAGGGCCUCCACCGCCAGGAGGAAGUAACUCUUGUGGAGGACUAAUUUCAGGCCUCUUGGGCUCCUUCUCCAGUCCUUGGUAUCCAACGAACUACCCCACUGACGUGGAGUGCAUCUGGGUGAUACAUGUGGCUGAGAAGUUCCACAUAGAACUGGUGAUCCCAAGCCUGAAAUUAGAGGACAUCUAUGGGUGCCCUUAUGACUUUGUGGAAGUGUUCGACGGACGGCAAGUUGCCUCCCUCUCCAUGGGCAGGUUUUGUGCCGGGACAGAGCUUUCGUUCCUCUCCUCCUCAAACGUCAUGACUGUGGCGUUCCGGAGUGACGCCAUGAUCACCAACACAGGGUUUUAUGCUCUCUACAACGCCAUGCAGCAGGACGAAAGGGAGAACGGUGUAUCCCUGAGACUGGUGAACGGCAGCCACAGGUGUGAGGGCCGGGUGGAGGUCUUCUACAACGGCACCUGGGGCACUCUGUGCGAUGACAGCUGGGACCUGACAGACGUCAGCGUGGUGUGCCAGCAGCUUGGCUGUGGAGAGGCCUUAUCAGCCCCAGCUCAGAGCUACUUUGAUGGAGGCACUGGCCACAUCAUGCUAGACAACGUUCAGUGCACAGGGAACGAAGCCAAGGUGUGGCAGUGCACACACAACGGGUGGUUCUCCCACAACUGUGGGCACCACGAGGAUGCCAGUGCCAUCUGCUCAGGUGUCGAUGGGAAUCCAAAAGUAGGACCAAAAGACUCCGCUGGUGAUGGUCCUGCUGCAGAUGAAAACUUCCACUGUGGCGGUUUGCUCACAAAUAAUUCGGGCUCCUUCUCCAGCCCUUGGUAUCCUAAGAAAUACCCUAUAAAUGUGGUGUGUGCCUGGGACAUCCACGUGGACGCCAGGGUUCAUAUCAAGCUCACAUUUGAAGUGGUGAAGUUGGAGAACUUCUACGGCUGUCCGUACGACUUCGUUGAAGUCUUUGACGGCCCGCAGAGUGAAUCUUUUUCUCUGGGGAGGUUCUGUUCUGGGACAAGCCCAACAUUCACCUCCUCCUCAAAUCGCUUGACGGUGGUCUUCCACAGCGACGCAAUCGUCACCAACAUGGGCUUUCAUGCAUCCUAUGAGUCCAUUGUGCAAGACGAGAUCAAUACUGCACAAGGUAGUGGGCAGGGCUCGCACCUGACGCUGCCUUGGGACCUGUUUCAUUCCACACACGUGUCGUCUCUACACCUGCUUCCGGUGCUGCCCACCAAGAGUGGCCACAACCAGGAUCUGGCCCUCAGGCUGGCCGGCGGCAGCCACCGGUGCGAGGGCCGCGUGGAGCUGCACUACAAUGGCACUUGGGGAACAGUGUGUGAUGACAGCUGGGACCUGCGUGACGCCCAGGUGGUGUGUGGGCAGCUUUCCUGUGGCAGGGCGGUGUCGGCCCCCAGCAGGGCACAUUUCCGCCAAGGCCUGGGCCCCAUUGCCCUGGACGACGUGGAGUGUAGGGGGACAGAAGCCAGGCUAUGGCAGUGCCUGCACCGUGGCUGGUUCUCCCACAACUGUGGCCACCACGAAGAUGCUGGUGUCGUCUGCUCAGCCUCUCUGCCUUACUCAACACCAUCAUCUGCUACAAGUCACCCAAUUUCAGCAUCUUUCCCGGAGCCGACAAAAGUUCCCACAUCAGCAGAUUCUGCAGCUGCUGGGCGUCCGGAGAUCCCUUCUUCAGCUCCUGGGGAGCAGCCGCGUGUCUUCCAUCCAACAGUUUCAGCACCAGCCGCAGAAAUGACCACUUUGCCUGUUCCUGAUUCCACUGACGCCACAGAUUUGGUCCUUGGAACUGGCAUAAUGCCUACUUCAGCGGAAGUGACUUCUUCACCUGAAUCUUCUACUAUUACUGUAACCACCUCAACAGAUUUAGUAGCAACCACUGUGACCUCCACACCAGAUACAUCUUCAUCCUCAGCAGAAGUGACCUCUCCCUCUGAUGUAUCUUCAACUUCAGCAGCAGUGGGCACACCCUCUGAUACAACUCCCACUCCAGGAGAAAAAGCCUCUUCACCAGCCGUAAAUCUGAUUUCAACAAAAGUGACACCAUCACCUGUUACCAUUUCAAUUGGUGAAGACAUGGCCCCUUUACCUGACCUGCCCCUGCGCUUGGCGGAUGGGCACAGCCGCUGCGAGGGCCGGGUUGAGGUCCGCCACGAGGGCGUGUGGGGCACGGUGUGCGACGACCACUGGGACAUCAGGGACGCUCGUGUCGUGUGCCGGCAGCUGGGUUGCGGCCAAGCUCUUGCAGCCCCGGGGCGCGGCCGCUUCGGCCCGGGCUCGGGGCCCAUCCUGCUUGAUGACAUGCGUUGCUCGGGCACCGAAGACGCGCUGGACCACUGCGGCCACUCUGGCUGGGCGCGGCACAACUGCCGGCACCAGGAGGACGCGGGCGUGAUCUGCGCAGGUCCGGCUGCCUCUGCUGUACCCAAGGACAAGGCCCAGCUCUCCUGCCUGCCUCACCUCUUCCGAGUCAGCAUUGACCGAGGCUAUCUCCGGAGGCUGGGCUACUCCUCUUGGGACAUCCACUUAAAUGAUGAGCUGUGCCGCCCCCAAGUCACCGGGCGCUACCUGAUCUUCAACAUCCCCUACGGUCACUGUGGCACCGUCAGACAGGAAGGGCUCGGCUCCCUCAGCUACUCCAACUCCGUCAGAGGCCGAAUCCAGGGCCACCCCGGCCGAGUCUUCGUGAGGCAUAGGGUACCUCAGCUCAAGUUCACCUGCAGGGUGGACGGCCCGUCUGCAGCUGAAGUCACUCCUGGGGCUGAGGUCCCCAGGGAGGACGCUGGCUAUGACGUGUCCAUAUCCUUCCUUGAGUUGCCCACGUCCCAGCAUGUGAGGAACCCGGGGCCACACUACGCCAGCCCGAAGAAGAAAGCGGUCUUCCUUCAGGCCACCCUCCACAGCCCCAACCCCACCCUGAGGCUCUUCGUGGAUACCUGCGUGGCUUCUCCAGAUCCCCAUGAUUUUACCACCGUCAAGUACGAUCUGAUCCGGCGAGGGUGCAUCAAAGACAAUACCUAUAUCAACCUGCACUCCCAACAGAAGAACACGGCCCAGUUCAAGUUCAAUGCCUUCAACUUUCUGAGCAACUAUGACGUGGUCUACCUGCAGUGUGAGGUCGCUGUGUGCAAAGUGGGGGACCCCUCCUCCCGCUGCUCCCAGGGCUGUGUAGAACGGAGUAAGAGGGAUGCAGGCCGUGUGGUGACCCCAGAAGAACAGACUGAGCAUUUCCAAGUGGUGGGGCCACUGGAAAUCCACAGAGGGACUCGUCGGAGUAAGACCCUUGUGUGAUUUCUUCACUUUUCGCACAAAUCUGUUAUUAGAAAGAAAAGCCUAUUUCCCUGAAUAAAGUGAUAAGUUUGACAAACCAGAAGCUGCCCAUGGAGCCACAGGUAAAAGAAACAGCUAAGGAGGUUCUCUCUGAGUUUCGAUGCUACAUAAACCUUCCCUGAUUGUUAAACUUGUAAGGCAGUCACUCUGUUUGCUGGCUAGAGAUGCUGCAUCUUCUAAUUCUUCCCUACCAAGAACUACACAUGUUCUAAAGAACAGAGUUCUCUCUAUAGACCAAAUUGUCAAUUUAAAGAUUUUGUUAAAUUGACUCCUUAACGUUCAGAUGCUAGUAGAUGGAUCUUUUUUUUUUUUCUGUCCCUUGGGUGGUGUGAGAAUUUCUUUUCAGAUCUUGCUAAGAGUCUAAUUAAAAAUAAACUUAAGUGUUGGAAAGUCACUGCUC